UUAAUUUUUGUUUACCUUUCAAGUGUCAAAAUCAGUAAAAAUCGCCAAAAUCUCAAAAUCAUCGAAAUAAAUUAUUUCUAAUGGUUUCAUUUCUCUUCUGAUAUUAUAUAAUAAAAUAAUAACGUGUUAAAAAUCAGAAUUUGAUAACAAUAUAUUGGAUCAGGUGUGAAAUUAUACACUAUUUGGUCUUAAUAAACAAAAGCCAAACAAGGUUAUUGUAUAUAUUUUUUCAUUAACGAGAAAGUAUUCUUACUGUCAUGGCAGAAAUGUCAGUGAUGCCUCAUGGAUCGGGGAAUCCUUACAAAAUUGUUGAUCAUGCGAGAGAACGCAGAAAAGGAAUUACAGCAUCGUCCCUCGAGGAAUUAACAAAUACAGCGCGAAGUCGACUUGCUCUUCCUGACGAUGGCCAGCUCACCAUUGUUUUGGAGCAGGACGGUACUGAAAUCGAUGAUGAGGAAUACUUUGCGACAUUGGAAAAAAAUACGAGUUUAAUGGUACUACACGGAGAUCAAAAAUGGAUGGCAAUUGGUGGAAAUCUUACCUCGCGUUAUAUCGUCGUGGAUGACGUAGAUCACGCUGAAGGUUCAAGAGGUGACUCCAGAAGACAUCGAUCGCCCUUGGAACCCCUGGUAUCAUCAUUACAUGGAGAUCCAACGCAUAUUUCACUUCUUGGUGGACAUGAUUUAGAAAUGCUCAGCGAUAUGGAUCCUGACAGUUUGGCCGAUAUUAUACCUGACAAAUUAUUCUUGGAACAAUUGAAAGAGGCGUCGGGAAGAUUUUUGGUGGAGAAACGACAAGCCCAGGAGUCGAUGGCUCUUCUUCAAAUGUACGCAACUGGAGGCGAGAUGGAAAGAGCGUAGGCCAUGUGGGGGGUGGGCGCCCUCACAUUAGCACACAUGUAUCGCGUGCGACGCCGAAUAUUUUACAAAGGUCGUCAAUUGCAGCAAACAUUUAUUCUCUUUUGGAAUUGAGCCCACCUGACAGAAAAAGAAAAACAGAAUAAAAAGAAUGAAAGGAAAAAA